CGGGCCGCGUGUUGAGUGCCAGGGGCGCGCCGGCGGCGGAGAGAGGCGCGCUGACGGCCACCUCCAGCCCGCGCCCGGGGACCGCACGUCCAGCGUUCAGGGACAGUCCGCCGCCGCCGCCGCCGCCGAAGCUACGGGCGGGCAGCGGUGCACCCCGGGGACCGCCAGCCCCGGCGGCCGCUCCUCGCGAUGCCAGGGCCGGGGCGCCGGGCGGCCGCCGGCAGGAAGAUGAAGGGCUCGGCGGGAGGAAGGAGAGAAAAGCUGCUGGGCUCUCCGAAAGCUCAGCCCGGCCACGAUUCUGCAUGUGCACAAGAUGGAGAGAGUGAGGCUGAGUUUUUACCUGAUGACUUUGAAGAAAAACCAGAACGAGAAAAGAAACAUAACAAUUUCACUUUGUGCAACGUGUGUAACAUUCAGCUGAAUUCGGCUGCUCAAGCCCAAAUCCACUACAAUGGCAAAUCACAUCAAAAGAGAUUAAAACAGCUCACCAAUGGAAUGGUGAAAAAUGACAGUGGUGGUACAUGCCAGAGCCCCGCUCUCCCAGCCCUGGUCCGUCCACCAGCCCCUCCUUUGCAACCAUCGCUGGAUAUUAAACCGUUUCUUCCCUUUCCUCUUGACACUGCGGCCGCAGUCAACCUCUUCCCCAAUUUUAAUGCGAUGGACCCGAUUCAGAAAGCUGUAAUAAAUCAUACUUUCGGGGUUCCUCUUCCUCAUCGAAGAAAGCAAAUCAUAUCAUGCAACAUUUGCCAGUUGAGAUUUAAUUCCGAUAGCCAGGCUGCGGCCCACUACAAAGGCACGAAACAUGCCAAGAAGCUCAAAGCACUGGAAGCCAUGAAAAAUAAGCAGAAAUCUGUCACUGCCAAGGACAGCGCAAAGACUACCUUCACCUCCAUCACUACCAAUACCAUCAAUACCAGCUCUGACAAAACAGACAGUACCACAGGGACACCAGCAAUAUCAACGACGGCAACUGUGGAAACUCGCAAAAGCAGUGUUAUGACAACUGAGAUCACCUCUAAAGUGGAGAAAAGCCCCACGACAGCCACUGGCAAUAGCUCAUGUCCUUCCACAGAGACUGAGGAAGAAAAGGCAAAACGGCUUCUUUACUGUUCGCUAUGCAAGGUUGCUGUCAACUCCGCCUCACAGCUGGAGGCACACAACAGUGGUACUAAGCACAAAACGAUGCUAGAAGCUCGGAAUGGAAGUGGGACUAUCAAAGCCUUCCCUAGGGUAGGUGUGAAAGGCAAAGGACCAGUGAAUAAGGGGAAUACAGGCCUGCAAAACAAAACGUUUCACUGUGAAAUCUGUGAUGUGCAUGUCAACUCGGAAACACAACUUAAACAGCACAUUAGCAGUAGAAGGCACAAAGACAGAGCUGCUGGGAAGCCCCCGAAACCGAAAUACAGUCCUUACAACAAACUGCAGAAGGCAACACAUCCGCUGGGGGUAAAAUUAGUAUUUUCAAAAGAACCUUCAAAGCCAUUGGCUCCACGAAUUCUACCAAACCCGCUGGCAGCCGCGGCGGCUGCUGCAGCAGUAGCAGUGAAUUCCCCCUUCAGCCUCCGCACUGCUCCAGCGGCCACACUGUUCCAGACUUCUGCACUUCCUUCAGCCCUCCUGCGGCCAGCUCCUGGACCCAUUCGGACCGCCCACACUCCUGUCCUGUUUGCUCCUUACUGAAUUCUGAAUGGGAGUAACUGUACUGCAAUAAUUUUUCAAAAAACACAAAACAAAAAGAGAACUAUGCAGUGUUUAUUUAUAGUUUAAAGUAUAUCUGAAGAGCCAGGACUUUUGAUAGUGAAUUGAAAAGAUUAUUAAAAAAAAA